ACUCGAGUUCCCGAAGAGCCAGUCUUCCCAGCCCUUCCCGGAGCACUCACAUCUGGCGCUGCCCGGAGCCCGCUCGCAGCGCUCAGGGACGGGAGGCCCGGUUUCCACGGGAGAGGCUGCGGACUGUGGGCCCCGUCCCGGGGUGGGGGGUAGUGGGAGACACCCGGCCACCCCCCAGAGGCGAUUCCGGAGGUGGCGGCGGUGGCGGCCUACCAGCCCCCUGGAAGCACCGCCCCUCCUGGGUGGUGCCCGCGCCGGCUCCUCCUCUUCCCCUCCGCAGCGGCCCGCCCCGACGCGCAAACCCAAACACUCCAGGCGCCCGCCCACCGCGCGUGAUUCUCGCUUCGCCGCCGCCCAGCCCUGCGCGCUCCGCCUGGCGCCCCCCGCCCGGCCGCUCCGGGCCCCUGGCCCCGCGGAGCGAUGCUGCUGCUGGCUGCCGCCUUUCUCGUGGCCUUCGUGCUGCUGCUCUACAUGGUGUCUCCGCUCAUCAGCCCCAAGCCCCUCGCCUUGCCCGGGGCGCAUGUGGUGGUUACAGGAGGUUCCAGUGGCAUCGGGAAGUGCAUUGCCAUCGAGUGCUAUAAACAAGGAGCUUUUAUAACUCUGGUUGCACGAAAUGAGGAUAAGCUGCUGCAGGCAAAGAAAGAAAUUGAAAUGCACUCUAUUAAUGAUAAACAGGUGGUGCUUUGCAUAUCGGUUGAUGUAUCUCAAGACUAUAACCAAGUAGAGAAUGUCAUAAAACAAGCACAGGAGAAACUGGGUCCAGUGGACAUGCUUGUAAAUUGUGCAGGAAUGGCAAUGUCAGGAAAAUUUGAAGAUCUUGAAGUUAGUACCUUUGAAAGGUUAAUGAGCAUCAAUUACCUGGGCAGCGUGUACCCCAGCCGGGCCGUGAUCACCACCAUGAAGGAGCGCCGGGUGGGCAGGAUCGUGUUUGUGUCCUCCCAGGCAGGACAGUUGGGAUUAUUCGGUUUUACAGCCUACUCUGCAUCCAAGUUUGCCAUAAGGGGAUUGGCAGAAGCUUUGCAGAUGGAGGUGAAGCCAUAUAAUGUCUACAUCACAGUUGCUUACCCACCAGACACAGAUACACCUGGCUUUGCCGAAGAAAACAGAACAAAGCCUUUGGAGACUCGACUUAUUUCAGAGACCACAUCUGUGUGCAAACCAGAACAGGUGGCCAAACAGAUCGUUAAAGAUGCCAUACAAGGAAAUUUCAACAGUUCCCUUGGCUCAGAUGGGUACAUGCUCUCGGCCCUGACCUGUGGGAUGGCUCCAGUAACUUCUAUUACUGAGGGACUCCAGCAGGUGGUCACCAUGGGCCUUUUCCGCACUAUUGCUUUGUUUUACCUUGGAAGUUUUGAUAGCAUAGUUCGUCGCUGCAUGAUGCAGAGAGAAAAAUCUGAAAUUGCAGACAAAACUGCCUAAUUCUUCUCACCCUUUGGAAGAAGACUGUUUCCAAAUAAUUUGAACAGCUUGCUGCUAAAUGGGACCCAAUUUUUGGCCUAUAGACACUUAUAUAUUGUUUUCAAAUGUGUCAGAUUGGAUCAGUGCUCUUCAGAAAUGUGGCUGCAAGCAAGGGGCUAGAAGUUCACCUCCUGACAAUAUUAUUAAUACUAUGCAAAUAUGGAAUAGGAGACCAUUUGAUUUUCUAGGCUUUGAGGUAGAGAAGUGAAGGUAUGAGAAUUAAUACCAUGUGAACAAGGUAAAGAAGAGGAUUCAAGAAUGAUCAUUAAAUUGUUUUCUAUUUAUUCUUUUUUGCCCCCCUAGAGAUUAAGUCAGAAAUGUACUUUAUGGCACAUAAAGAAAUCUUGAGGACUUCGUUUAAACCUUCCAUAAAAAACAAUUUUGCGUUUCUAGGGUUUCUUUCUUUUCUUUCUUUCUUUCUUUCUUCCUUUCUUCCUUUCUUCCUUUCUUCCUUUCUUCCUUUCUUUUCUUCCUUUCUUCCUUUCUUUCCUUCCUCCCUCCCUCCCUCCCUCCCUCCCUCCCUCCCUCCCUCCCUCCCUCCCUCCCUCCCUUCCUCCCUUCCUCCCUUCCUCCCUUCCUUCCUUCCUUCCUUCCUUCCUUCCUUGGUGUAUUUUAUUCAAGAUGAGUUGGACCCAUUACCAGUGAGUCUGAAUGUCACUGACAGCCCUGUGUUGUGCUCAGGACUCACUCUGCUGCUGGUAGAAACGCAUGGCUUCUCUCUCUCUUUCAUCCCAUGAAGCUAUGAGGGGGACGGGAGAGGGCAGUGCAAUGGGAGCUAAAGAGAUAUUUUCCAGUAGGAAAAGCAAUGCUUUCUUGUCUUCUUUAGACUCAAAUGCUUAGGGAACGUUUCAUUUCUCAUUCAUGGGGAAAGGCAGCCUCCUUAAAUGUUUUCUGAAGAGCAGUAAAAUCUAGAAGCUUAAGAAUUUACAGUUCCUUCAAUAACCAUGAUGACCUGAAGUUCACCUAUUCCAUUUUAGCAUCUACUUGUUCUUCCCAUCUCUUCCUUUCCAGUUUUGCUUAUACUGCUGUAAUAUUUUUGUAAAAAAAAAAAAAAAAAAAAGGGAAAAAAAGACCAGCUAAAAUUUUUGACUUGACUUUUUAACUUAAUUCAUGAAUUAAUUAAAACAAAUGAAAAAAUUUAAAAGUGUGACAUUUUUCUCGGAGCAUAUAUGUAGCUUUUAGGAAAGGCUGAUGAUGGUAUAAAAUUUACUCAUUAAGAAAAAAAGACAAGGCUGAUUUUGAAGAGAGUCGCAUUUGAAAUAAAAUGAUCAUCUGUUCUUUAUGUGACUUUCCCACUGAGCCUGCAGACAUUAUCUUCAUACCACGUGCUAAGGAAGCUCACUCAUGACUCGUAACUCUGUAGCCUUGGAAACUCUCUUGGCGCCUGAGUGUUGUUUCCAGGUUGUAGGAUCUGUGUUCAUUAGUGGAUUUCGACAGCAAGUGUCUCUGAUGAGUUUUAGCCAACGUUCCCCGUUGCAUCCGGCUGGUCGCACUCCUCUGACUUGAGGAGAGCUGCCUUCACCUUGAUCUUGUAACCCAUCUUCCUUGCAUAUAUGAUAGCACAUUCCAGAUCACUUCAGUGAGAAAAGACCUCUGUUUUUGAAGAGGAAACUUUCUUAAAUUGUAAAAUAAAACUUAAAAAACACAAAAACUCCAUACAAAAAUUGAAGACCUAAAAAUUAUUGCAAACCUUUUUUUUUUUUGCUCUUGAGUUUUUGAAGCUCUUGACUUUAAAUGACUUAACUUUUUAAAAAAAUAAGAUGUUUUAUGGCUUAACCCAUGGUAUCUUUUUAUUAAGAUCUGAGAAUAGCAUAUUUUAAACACUGAUAGAUACAGAAGAAAUUAUUAUUUAACGUAGUAAUUGCUUGGAAUGAUUUCAUUGCAGCUUAUAAGGAUAGCUUGAUGCCAAAAUGGUUUCAUAAAUCUUUCAGUCUCACAGAGCCGAAGUUUGCAGAUUAUAUUGAGUUGCAUUGUGCAGCUGCUCAAAUGGAAUCAUAGCUUUUUAUAAUUUGCAGAAAACAAUUGCAUUAAUGUCUGGAUGUUUCUCAGUUUUACUCUUUUCUCAUAAAUGUUCCUCAAAUGUUGGCACUUUCUACUGCUGAUCUAUAUUAGAAUCUAGUCCAAGAAGGUGUCUGGUUUAAUAACAUUAACUAAAUAAUUAUUUCAAUAUAUUUUUUCAAAUUAUCCUCAUAGAACCUGUCGCUUCUAGCGAGAUGGUAAUCUACCCAAAUAAAUUUAAGAGAGCCUGUUAGAGCCCCUGUUUUGGGGUAGAAGACAAUUGUCCCUAUCCCAAUUUCCAUUGAAAUAUGAAAGCAGAUUUGUAGAGACCAUCAUGUCACAGAAGAAAUUUCCUUGUCAGAGAUGUUAAAGGGCUACAGUCCCUUACCAAAAAACUUUGAAAUCUAAGUUGGUUUGUGUUUUUCUGAAUUUGAUACCGUCAUUCAUUUGGCAGCAAAAUCUGACUUGAACUGAUGUGAGAGUAUUGUACUUUUUUUUUAUGCUACUCCAUUGUGACUGUUAAUUUUCCCUGAAGAAAUAUCCAUGGAUUUGAUUAUCGGUAUUCCCCUAGAUGCUGUGGAGGUGUUUUGUAAUAUUCAAAAUAUGCCCAUGUUGCCUUUUUAAAACCCCUAAGGUUAUGAAUUCUAAAACACAUCCAGCGCAAAGGGUUUUGGAUAAGGUGUUGUAGGCAUUUAAGCAGCCUCACAUAGUAGGCUGACUUCAUCCGAAACGUAGAAAUACUACAAGGCAAACUCUAUUUUUUAUAUUUUUUGGUUCAAUGCUUGAACAACUUGUUUUUCUGCUGAGUGAAGGAAAAAAAAAACAAAAAACAAAACCAACCCUGAGUAUGAUUGUUAGGGAAACUAGUGACUUUGUUUUUAAAGGAUCACAUUGAUUCAACACCUUCUGUUGGACCCAGAAGUGGGUAAAUAUUACCUAUGGCAGUAAACGUUUAAUUAUAAUUCAGUUUAAAUGUUGGUUUUCUGUAUGUAGCCAAGAACAGCUCAUUUUGUGAAUUUCAGUUUUUAAGUGGCUGCUUUUUGAUUUGGUUGUAUUAUGUUAUAAUAAUGUAUUUGUAAGUAUAUUAAAAAAUUAAAAAACUAACAUUCAGCCAUAAAACUCCCCAAAUAUGUUCAAGGACUUCAUAUUGAAAAAUAUAUAGAAAACAAUCUUUAUUUCUUUUUACAAAAACAAAAUCAUGGGAAUUAUUCUUUUCUAUAUAUUUAGUUAUAAAUCUUUCUCUGGGCUGGGCGCAGUGGCUCACGCCUGUAAUCCCAGCACUUUGGGAGGCUGAAACGGGUGAAUCACGAGGUCGGGAGUUCAAGACCAGCCUGGCCAAUGUGGUGAAACCCUGUCUCUACUGAAAAUACAAAAAAUUAGCCAGAUGUGGUGGCGGGCGCCUGUAGUCCCAGCUACUCAGGAGGCUGAGGCAGGAGAAUCACUUGAACCCAGGAGGCAGAGGUUGCAGUGAGCCAAGAUUGCGCCACUGCACUCCAGCCCGGGUGACAGUGCUAGACUGUCUCAAAAAAAAAAAAAAAAAAAAACUUUAUCUGGAUCUGUUAAACCAUAUAUUACUGAUCAUUGCAAGUGAAAUUUUGAGAUAUUGUUUCUAGUAUUUAGAUGAUGAAAACAUUUUGGUAAUACUGUUUCAGUUCAAAGAAUUGUAUGUCUUUAUCUUUCUAGAAGAAAGCAAUUAUAUAUAUAUUUUUUGCUAAAUUAUAUAAACUUUUAAUUACAUCAUGUUCUAAUUUAAACAUGUAUUACUCACUUGAGGCCACUUUUAAAUAUUCAUACUCUUUGACAUAAGAUGCUUUGUAUAUUUCUCAUUUCUUUUAGUUCUUAGUAAGUCAGCUUUAAAAAGUACCUGCCAACCAGAACCUUCCAUAUUCUGGACUAAAUCUUGUUGUUUGGAUUAUACUUCAGUGCAGUAACUGUGGAUUUGCAAUUUUGAAGGGGAGAUAGUCGCUAUUAUAUUUUACACUUGCUUGAUGUGAUAACUCUGAAGCCCUUUUAAUUGAUAAAAGUGCACAUGGCUAUUUUGAUACACAAUAAAAGUUGUGUUUGCUACUUUAGAAGCUUUUGUGGCAGAAUUGUAACCUAAUUUUCAUACCUUGUAUUUCUGAAUCACAACAACAAAAAAAAAUAAAUGGGGAACAAGAC